AUGUCUGAUUUAGGUAGAAAAGAUUUCUCUGAUAAAGUUCAAGAAAAAUUAACUCCACAACAAGAAAAAUCUGCUUUACAACAAGGUAAAGAACAAUUAACUUCAGCAACUGAUAAAGUUGCUCAAAAUUUACAACCAAAUGAAGCAAAAUCUGAUACUCAAAAAUUUGGUGAUGCUAUUCAAAAAGGUCAUGAUGAUGCAAAAGCUCAAUCAGGUCCAACUUUAACUGAACAAGUUACUCAACAAGCUGGUGAAUAUGUUGAAGUUGCAAAAGAUCAAUUAAAUAAUGCUGCUGAAUAUGUUGCAAAUACUUUAACUGGUGCUAAAGAAUCUGCUAAUGCAAGUGUUGAUUCAAGUGCUGGUAGUAAAGGUGUUUAA